GGAUAGAGCCGCAAGCCCUCAACUUGAACACACGCACAUCGAGAGAGAGAGAGAGAGAGAGACAGAGACAGAGAGAGAGCUCAAGCCCUCAACCUCAGGCCUGUGGUUUUAUAUGCAAGUUGUGGUCUUAAAAAAAGAAGCGUAGGACACUAAAAAUUCGGCCAACCAGAAAAUUCUGGUUAAGCAAUGGCUCUCAAUUGCUCUCUGGCCUCUGCUUUCCAGUUGGUGGGCCUACAAAAAUAUUGAGUCAGACACAUAAUAAUUCACCACAGUUCCAUAGAGAGAGAGAGAGAGAGAGAGAGAGAGAGAGACCGGGCCAUACAUGUAUGGGAACGCCAGGACCCGCUGUUAAGAGAAGAGAAAAGCCUCCAAGGAGAAGAAAGAAGAAGAAGAUUUAAGAACAAUAAAGAUUUCAUUUCUUUCUUUUUUUCCCCUUCAAUUUUCCGUCUAAUUGACUUUAAGAUUUUUCCUUUUUUUUUCUGGGUUUGAUCGAUUGAUGGAUUUUAGGCUGGCCAGUGCUUGCAUCAGUUUAUUUCUUUGGGUUUAUAGGAUUGCAGGUUUCACUGGUGCGUCUUGUGAUUGCUUGUUCAUUUUUGUAGGUUCUGUUUGUUUAUUGGAGUUGAAAUGUUGCAACUUUUGUUAAUUGUAUAAGAAAAUCGAGGUGGAAAAUGGAAUCACAAAAUGGGUUUUAUGGCUUUUUUUUAAUUAGUCUACACUUUCAACUGAAAACCAUUAUUUUUUUGUAGGCUCAGCUAAGUGCAGGUUUAGUUUCAUCAGGGCGUUAAUGAUGCUUCAAAAAGUAUAUAUGUUUCUCAUUUUCUUAGCUUUUGGUUCCUGCAAUUUUCGUUCAUUUCUUUCACUUGUUGAUUGUAUAGGAAGAGUGGGUUGGAUUCUACUGUAUCUGUCCAUACUUCUAGCAAAACCCUCACGAAGAAUUUGUAUUACUUUAAGAACUCUGCGUGGCUGAUAGAGCAAUUUUUAGUUGUGAAUCUAAUUUCUGCAGUUUUGACUCAUUAACCUUACACCUGAGUAUUUACAAGGGUUCUGCAGACGUAAUUUUGAUGCUUUUGUAUAAUUUUAAUAUAGAACUGAUAUAGAUUUGUAUGCCGUUCCAGGGUAAUGCAUCGCUUUCUUCCAGUUCAGCUUGGAUAUCUGGUAUGUUGUAGUUUAUCUACACAAUCAGAUGGGAAAACUGUAGUUAAAUUGGAGUUGCAAUAGAUUGGUGGAUUUUAGCAGCCUCUGCCUGUAAAGAUUCCAAGUUUAAUAUUCUUCAUUGCACUGAAAAUCCGAAACUUGAAUCCAAUCGGUUCAUUGCAAAUAUGAUUGUGGAUUCUGGUGUUUUUUUUAUUGAUUGGGAUUUAGUAAUUAAGUGACAGAGAGCAUACGAGUGGAUAAGGUAACAGACAGAGGAUUCCUCUUUAAAAAGGAUGAUAUACUAAACUCUAGGGAUGGGCUUGCCUCAAGUAUCCUCUGGCGGCAUUGCUGAGGAAGUGGCAGUAUCUCUGAGCACAUUGGUGCCAACUCCACCCCGGAUUGUUGGUGUAAGCAGCUGUGAUUUGAGUGGGAUGCGGGGAGGAAAUCUUGGUAAUAGAAUGCAGAUGGAUUUUCAGUACUUUUCUUUUGGAGAUAUCCAAAAUAAAACCAUUGCGGAUCAUAAGAAUGGUUGGUUAACUCAUAAAAGUGGAGAGGAUAUUCAGACACUUAUUCCUAGGAUUGUGGGUUUUGAAUCAAGGGGUUUGAAUUCUCCUUUUAAUUUAUUUAAUGAAAACCAAUCUGUGUGUACGGCAGUUAGUAGUACUGAUGAUGCAUUUGAGUCUACUGGGUCGCUAGUCAGGAAGCGGUUGCUAUCUCCCUUGAGUGGAAUGCUUCACCCAGAGCAAUUUAAUGGUAAUUCCCUAGACAUUGGUGACGGCACUUACAAGACUAACUUCUGGAGUGGCAAAGACAAUUAUAAAGUUUCUGUAUCACAAGAGCAUAAGAAAGCUCAUAUUGGUGGUUCUAAUUAUUUCGAUUCUCCAAACUUGUGUACAACUUAUCUUCCAGAGUGGAAGAAUUCACAGGAUGAUAACUAUGGGGCAAAUUCACAGGAUGAUAACUAUGGGGCAAACUCCAUUUUCUUUUUUGAUGGUCCUGUGCUUGAGAACAAAGAGCUGACUUCUUACAAUCAAGUUGUUUCACCACCUGGACUUAAUAAUCCUGAAGAAACAACAAAGGUAAGGUCCCAAACUGGGGCAAUUGCAAUAUCUGUGAAAAAGGCAGUAUCAUCCUCCUUGUCAUUGUCUCCUCUUGGUCCAAAACUUCCUGAAAGAAUAAAUUCUGCAGGAUUGUGCAGCAACGUCUCAAAAAAGUUAAAUGAUGAUGAAUACUUGACCUUCAAGGACAUAGAACAGUCACUUGAUGGAACUUUCCCUGGCAUUUUAUCUUCCAAGAAGCGUGAAGACUCUAGGAUGCUGCAUGAAUCAUUGCAAGAUUUUGAUAAUUUGCAAAAGUUAGAUGUUCUUACUUCAGAGAUUACUACUGAUGUGUUGCAAUCAUGGAAUGAGGAUUCAAACCUUACUCCUCCACGUGUCAAAUUGAGUAAAACUCUUAGUGGAUUGCCCAUUAGAAGGUCCUUGGUUGGUUCAUUUGAGGAGUCCCUGUUAUCUGGUCGGUUAUUAUCUGGUAAAGCUUGUCAGAGAAUUGAUGGCUUCCUUGCUGUUCUUAAUGUCACUGGAGGGAAUUUCUCGCCACAAUCACAGAAACUUCCCUUUACAGUAACUAGUGUAGAUGGAGAUAACUAUUUGCUAUACUAUUCAUCAAUAGAUCUAGCAGGGAAUAUGCCAUCAAAUAAAGGUAGUGGCUCGAAAAUGAGAAGGAGCCUAAGCAUUGAUGAUUCGCAAGCAGAACAAACCAGGCUGCGCAUUCCUGUGAAAGGGCGAAUACAGUUGGUUCUCAGUAAUCCAGAAAAGACACCUAUCCACACUUUCUUUUGCAACUAUGACUUAAGUGAGAUGCCAGCUGGUACCAAGACAUUUUUGCGCCAAAAGAUCACCUUAUCCUCGUCUGGACUGAAUGGGAGGAACAGAGAUUAUGACAUGAAAAGUGAAGUUGAGCAAUCUUCAAUCCCACACAGUAGUCAUUCUUCAAAGUGUGGGAGGGAGACUUCAGACUCAAAGGGACUUGAUGCUGAACAUACAAUAAGAUCUCCCAACCACAGUAGUAAUUGUAUAAAUACUGGUGCGGAGACCAACAGCCCUCCAAAUUCAACCAGUGUAUUUGUAAGCAAAUCUGUACAUAGCCCUUCUAAGGCCAAUGAAAACACCGCUGGAGCUGGUGUUCUGCGUUAUGCUCUUCAUCUCCGGUUUUUAUGCCCUUUUCCCAAGAAAAGUCCAAGGUCAGUCCGAAGGUGCAAAUCUGACCCUUUAUCUGCACCCACAGGAAACAAGGUGGACAUAGAAGGGGAUCGCCGCUUCUACUUGUGUAGCAAUAUGAAGGUGGUGUUCCCACAACGCCAUUCAGAUGCUGAUGAGGGCAAGCUACAUGUAGAAUAUGAUUAUCCAUCGGAUCCCAAGUACUUUGACUUUUAAAAGGGAAAAUAAAAAGGAUAAGAAAGAAGGGUAGGACAAGGAUUGCUUGAGAAAGUGACAAAGAAAUUUGUCACAUUCAUAUUGGUAACUAAAAGAGUGUAAUUACACAUGAGGAAGUUGGGAGCCACGUGAGAUUGAAAAGGAAACCCCAUGGCCAAGCAAAAGGCCAAGAAAUCGAUCAUAAGCUCUUGGAAGACAAGCCGUGUCAAACUCCUUUCACUUGCCCUGAUUGCCAUUUCCAGCAUUAUCUCAUAGCUAAAGAAUUUUGCAGAAGUUCUACCAAUUCAAGGAAAGAAAUGAAAUAGUUGGAUAUCCUUAUUGAGAGUUCAUUGGUACCACAAGAUUAAUAAAGAUGAAAGGCGAGGCAAAUGGGUAGAUGUGGAAUUUAACGGCUUCAGGCACAUGGUCUUUCUUUUCAGUUCUUGUCCUACCUAGCUACUGUGGGUGCCAUAAGAUUUGAACUCAUGAUUGGUCCAAACAAACAUGCAUCUAAUACAAGUGAUGGGUUCUAAGUAGGCACUCAUGCAUCACUGGUAAACUUUUUGUUUUGGGGGGCAAGACUCGAACUUGAGUAUAUUGAUAUAUCUUCGGCCACUAAAUUAAACUG